AAACCCUCUUGGCUUUAGGGUUGGAAGUGAAAAUAAAUUGCGCCCCAGUAUUUCUAUAUCCUAGCUGUGUCCUUCCAAUGCACUUGAACUCCUCACUCCACUCUUUUCAUCCAGUAUUUUCUCCGCUAAUUUUGAGACCUAGCUUCCCGGCCAAGAGAAAGUACGUACUUGCACGCAAGUAAUUAUACCCAUUUUCUUCAUUCACUUAAUUUACUCGUUGAAGGUAGCUCGAUCGACGUCGAUCUCCGGCGGCCAUCAUGAUCACUAAGACCUGGAAGAUGAUCUUCACCCUUUUGCUAAGGCUCCUAGCCUUGACUGCAACAUUAGCAGCAACCCUAGUCAUGGUCACAGCUCAUGAUUCUACUGAAGUCAUGAACUUCACUUUCAAAGCGAAAUACAGCUACGAACCGGCCUUCAAGUACUUCGUGGUAGCAGAAGCAAUUGCAAGUGGGUACAGCCUGAUUGUUCUCUUUCUUUCUUCAAAGAAUUCCUUUUCGCGCUUGGUUAUGAUCCUAGAUAUGGUUGUAGCGAUGCUACUGAUCUCAAGCGUGUCGGCGGCGAUGGCAGUGGCUUAUGUGGGAAAGAAAGGGAACAUCCAUGCCGGUUGGCUGCCGAUUUGUGGAGAAGUUGCUAAGUUUUGCAACCAAGCCACUGGUGCUCUAAUAUCAGGUUUUCUUGCUGCAAUAAUGUAUUUGCUUCUUCUCAUCUACUCUCUUCAUGAUACUGCCUACUGGAUGUCCUAGUUAAUGAUCAUCUUCCCUAAUAAUUUCCCUCAUGUGUAAAACCUUAAACAGCGUUACAUAUCCAGCAUAGAGAUUUUUUUAA